ACUUUAAAUUGCGUUCAAACGAAGGAUCCUCAACCUCCAAAACUUUGGGAAGGUGUUCGAGAUGCAAAGGAAGGAGAAGGAGGCGUUGCGCCUCAAUUAGCGCCACUGAUUAAUAAAAUUUCCGGUCAAGAUGAUUGUCUUUACCUCAACGUAUCGACAAAUAAUUUAAGAGGAAAGAAAGCCGUUAUGGUGUGGAUCCACGGCGGAGGAUUUACCAACGGUUCCGGAAGUGCCGAGUUUUAUAGACCUGACUAUUUUAUGCAACACGAUGUUGUGUUUGUCUCCAUCAACUACAGGUUGGGAAUGCUGGGAUUCUUGAACAUGGACAUAGAAAAUUGUUCAGGAAAUCAGGGACUGAAGGAUCAAGUAAUGGCCUUGAGAUGGGUCCAGAAAAAUAUUGAGGCAUUUGGAGGAGAUCAAAACAAUGUGACAAUUUUUGGACAAAGCGGAGGAUCUGCUUCAAUCCACUACCUUCUCAUUUCUCCUUUAGCCAAAGGUUUAUUUCACAAAGCGAUUGCUCAAAGUGGAGUCGGCAUCAAUCCCUGGGCAUUUCAGAAUUCCAAUAAAGAGAAUGCGAUGAAAGUUGCCGCCGAAUUGGGCUGCGCGUCUUCAAACAAGGAAGAGAUUGCACAAUUCCUCCGCUCUGUACCUGCUGAAAAGAUCCUUGUUGCGCAGAACAAAGUUUUUGACGAACAUCCAUUUAAACUGGAGUUUCAUUUCGUUCCCACCGUGGACAAUAAAUGCCCUAAUCCAUUCCUACCCAAACCGCUGUCGGAAAUGAUUGAAAGCGGAGUUGACGUUCCUUUAAUUAUUGGCUAUACCUCCGACGAAGGGAUAUUUGCACUGGGUAGUCUUACACUCAACAGUGGAGAAGGAAUAAGUAAAUUGCUCGACAAUUUCGAAGAAUGUCUGUCCAAAGACUUGAAAAUUAAUUUAAGCACUGCUUCCAAAUUCUCGAAAGAAGUAAGAGAAUUUUAUUUUGGCGAAAAUGUAACUAAAUCAGAGCAAGAUAAUUUUGUGCAGUAUAAAGGAGAUACGCAAUUUGUAACAUACUGGAAAAGCGACUGCAGAAACAGAGUCCAACAUAUUUAUACAAAUUUUCGUAUUGUCCAGAAUUUUCCCUUGUGCUACAGUUUUAUAAUCUUGACGUGUGCGUGUCACGCUGAAGAUAUGGCUCACAUGUUUUACAAAGCCAGUCUUCCUUCAGAAAUGCAACUUCAAAAAGGAUCAGGAGAUUACUUGAUCAUGCAGCGUAUAACAAGAAUGUGGACUGACUUCGCAAAAACAGGAAAUCCGACACCCAAAAUAGAUGAUCUUAUAAAAUGUAAAUGGUCUGCUUACAAUUCUGACAAUAAAUGUUGCCAGCACAUUUCCGAUGACUUCAAAACGGAAAAUAGUUUCGAAGAAAUUUCGUGGAAACUAUGGGGACCAAUUUACCGAAAAUACAAGUUAUUUUAAUUUAUAAAUUGUGUCUGUACAGAAAUUGCCAUUUUUAUUGAGUCAGUAACUUAGUUACGUAAUUAAUUUAAAUAAAGCAAUAAGUUAUUUCAUAA